UAGACCUCCACAACUAGAUUCUUUUGGAGAUGUUGAAUGCAAGAUUAGGAAGGACUUUUGAAAUGUCGGGUAUGUGCCGUGAAACCUUAUCGGGCGGGAUUUCCUGUGUUUAAUAAAACAAUCUACUCAUUCUUAUAAGGGCGUAUCAGCAUAUUCUAUUUGUUUUUUUAUUUUUUAAAUGAAUGUAUUAUGUCGUGGAACAACCAGAUAAGCUCCUGUAAAAUCUGUGUAAGCGCCUAUGUUAUAUCGACACUUGAAUCACUACACAUUUUCAAGCAAGAACGAACUUUCUGGGUUAAAGUGAAAUUAAAAAUUCACACGGGUUUAACUUUUAAAGAACAUACAUGACUUUAGAAAUUAAUUUUCUUAGUCAAUAAUUCAACGUUUAAUAGUGAAGAGAGACGAAAAUGACUGGAGACCACGCUCAGGUUCACGUAAAUCAGAACCAGUUAAUGUGCGUGAACGUAAACGGCGGGCACCAGGACCCAGUUUAUCCUGCCCCUAAAUCCGCCCAUAAUUUCUCCGGCCUGCAGAAAUAAACAAGACAUGCUGUGUGACGUCACCAAAAGCGACGAGGGAUGAUGCCUGCCAAGGAAGACUCGACUGCCAUUUACAGUAAUACCAAGAUGGAUGUCAAAGAGGAAACCUGUGAGGCUGACAUAAAGACCAUGGAGAUAGUGACUGUAACUAUUAAGGAGGAGGACUGUGAAUGGGAGUCUGCCCACCUUAAACAGGAAAGUUCAUGCAUUAAGCGUGAGGAUCAUAAACCGGGGUCGGAGGACAUUAAAGAAGAGGCUGAGGAGACGUCGGUCAACAAUGAGAUGCACAAACCUAAAAUUAUAAGACGUGGUGACCUCAAAAUGAGGUCUGAAUCAUCAGUGUCCAAGACAAAGAGGACUGAGGAAUUUGUAUCUGUUAGAACUCGGGAAGAUUGGCCAUCACCUUCAAAUCAGUCUGGCGAAAAUACACUGGAGACUUGUAGCUUUUCUCCAUCUUUACCUGCUCAGACUUCUCUUCUGUUCCAACCACAACAGUCACUGCAUGAUGAAAAUUUGAUGAAAUUGACAUCUGGAUCACAACUUUUAAUGCCAGUCUAUUCUCAUUUGAGUUCUGUCCAUGGUGUGACGUUAACAAACACAGAUACAAUUAACAGUGAAGAACAAGUGGAAAAUGCAACUUCAGGGGCUUUCUGUGGCUGGCAAGAACAAAGGAAAAAUUUUAAAUGCAGAUCUAACAAAAGCAAUCAAUGGAACCAUACGGGACUAAAGUCAUAUUGCUGUUAUGAAUGUGGAAAACAGUUUUCACAAAGGAGCUCUCUUCAAAUCCACAUAAGAAUUCAUACUGGAGAGAAGCCAUAUUGCUGUUCUGAUUGUGGAAAACGAUUUUCAGACAGGGGAAAUUUUCAUACCCACACAAGAAUCCAUACUGGAGAGAAGCCAUAUUGCUGUUCUGAAUGUGGGAAACGAUUUUCAGACAGGGGCAAUUUCCAUACCCACACAAGAAUUCAUAUGGGAGAGAAGCCCUAUUCCUGUUCAGAAUGUGGCAAAAAAUUCUCUGAGAAGGGUGGCCUUCAUAAACACUACAGAGUUCACACUGGAGAAAAGCCAUAUUGCUGUUCUGAAUGUGACAAACAGUUUUCCCAAAAGAGCUAUCUUGAAACCCACAAAAGAAUUCAUACUGGAGAGAAGCCAUAUUGUUGUUCUGAAUGUGGAAAGCAAUUUUCAGACAGAGGCAAUUUCCAUACCCACACAAGAAUUCAUACAGGAGAGCGACCCUACUGCUGCUCAGAAUGUGGCAAAAGAUUCUCUGAGAAGGGUGAUCUUCAUAAGCACUCCAGAGUUCACACAGGAGACAAGCCAUAUUGCUGCACUGAAUGUGGAAAACAAUUCUCACAAAUUGGCAAUCUUCAGUAUCAAAAACAAAUUCACACUGGAGAUCAACCAUAUUUCUGUUCUGAAUGUGACAAAGGAUUUUCUGACAGGGAACAUUUUCAGAAACACGCAAGGGUUCACACUGGAGAGCAGGAAGCCAUGAAGGAGUAAGUUGCAAAGUAAAGAAUGAAGGAGCGGAGGAAGGUGUGAAAUGUAACCCUCCUACCAACUCAAGUCUUGAUUAGUACCUUCAUGAGGUGUGUUUCAUUAUAUAAGAUCAUAACAAAUCCCAUCAUGGUGAAUUUAGUCUUAUGGUGCGAAAAGGAUACAAAAAAGAAGUCCAUAUUUGCUUUAAAUCACUCAAAAUUAAAAGGUGCCAACCCAUUGCUUGUGCACUAGGGUGGGUGAUGGUGAUAGCAAUACCUAUAAGGCAAUGAAGAGAAGAGUACCUUCAAUGUGAUGUCAGAUCAGAUGGAAAGUGUUGCUGGCCUUACCACUGUGAAACGGAUUAGACCCCAAAAGCACAACUUGAGCAAGAGGAUUGGACACCAUGUAGUGGUCAAUUGAAGAUAAACAGAAGAUCAUGAACUUAUACUUUCAUCCAAGGUGUCAUUUUGCUUGACUUCUCACUACAUUCAUAAUAGCUAAUAUGGUACAACACCCUAGUACUUCAAACAAAACCCAGAAUUUCUAUUAUAAAGUAUACUGUAUGUAAUGAGAACUUGCACAAAAUUGGAAUGUCGGAAAGUAUUUUUUAUUUUCAAUAUUAUGAGUUAACUGAUGCAAACCUAAGAUCACUUACUGGAAUAAUUAAAAAAAAUUAUCAAAAUUAAAAUAUCUCCAAAAAACAUCAAAGUAAGAAAUAAUACAAGAAAGGGACAAGAUUGAAAACCAUGAGAACAGAACAGGCAGAGACUGAGAUGAAGGGAAGAUCAGGGACUUCAAAGAGGAAGCUGACAUUUGAAAAGAAAUUUACAGAUAAUAUAAAAACAAAAAAAGUUUUUGAAGAAUUAAGAAUGGAAAGGUAAGGCAGACUGAAAGUGAAAUUAAGAGCACUAUACAAAAUGCCCAGAUGCCACAAGAGAAGUCAGCUCCAAAUGUAUAACAAGCACAAACUCCUCCGGAAAUAGAAAAUUAUUUAAAAACAUCAGCGGACACUCACCAAAAUUAAAAAAAAAAAAUACAGAAGUUAAUGAGAAUACACUGAAGAAAAAGCAGAAAAAUCCCCCUCAAAUAGAGGACAAA